AUGCCUCCUUUGCACGGUAUUUUCUUGAGUCGCCUAGGAUCGCAGCCUAUUUUUAGUGCGGUCGUGGAGACGCGGCUACCAGAGCCCAUCACCCAUCUCCACCACGGAUUUUCUAGCUCCCAGCUCCAGGGCACGUUUGAAGAGUGGGGACUCGGAAGGAAUACGAUGGUGGGAAAUGAUUGGUGCUGGGCAAGGGACACAUCGGCAGAUGUGCGACGUGCACAGAUGGAGCCAUGCCCCUGGAUUGGCAGUGCCAACUUGAACAAUGCCGAUUGA